GUCAUUGUUCCAGUUUCUCUCAAUGUUGCAGGGUCUGAUUUGCAUUAGAAACCUCUGUAUUCAAUAAACAAAAAUAGGGAAAAUAAUGACCGAAUCACUGUUGGAAACACAAAGGAAAACUCAAGCAAUGAGCACUUUGCGACGCCUAAAUUGAAGAUUUUACUGAAGGAGCCCUUACUUUGGUCAGGAGGCUCAUUGGCCUUUUAAUUUUACUAGCCUCACUUAUUCAAAACAAAAGGACCACGACGUGUGUGUGUGCGUGCGUGUGUGUGUCAGGUCUAUCACACAACGGGCUACAAUCUUCUUCGAGCAUUCUUCGCAUUGCAAGCCCAUCAACAAAAGAAGGAAGAAGAUCUAAAGGGAACGAGUGGUUUUUGCGGGUUAGGAGAUGGAGAAUUUCUCUACAUAAACAAGAAGGUUUGGAUUGGAAGUCUGCUAAAAAAAUAAUGUUAGCUGACCACAAGGUUGUAAAUCCACAGACUGGAAGGAGGAAAAGAGAAACAUUGCAAACGACUGAAGUGUGUGUGGCUGCAAUGUUUGUAGGUUAGAUGAGAAACAAGCGCUGAGUGAACCAGGGAAGGAAGGGAGGGGGGCAGGGGGUGGCUGGUGUGAUUUGUUUGGUGAUCAGAGCCAAUAGAAAGCCUAGACUGUGAUAAUAUAGCCAUGCAGUGACUGAGAGGAGUCAGAGCUAAGACUCCAGUGCUCCUUUCACAUCUGCAGCCCGAGACAGCUCGGGACCGUGCGAAGCAAGGCGCGAUCUCCCAUUUCCAGCUCAUUUAGCCCGAGCUCUAUCCUAUGGGCAUCUGCUGCAGCCCAGCUAAGGCAGAACUGAACCCGGCCGAAGGAGAUCAAACUUAAGCGCCCCUUUGGACUAUAUCACCCCCAGAGGAGGGAGAGCGAGAAGGGAGCUGGGCAAAGAACUCCAACAGCAUUGCAGGAUGUUUUGGAAACUUUCUCUCUCCUUGUUCCUGAUGGCAAUGCUGGUGAAGGUGUCUGAAACCCGGAAGAACCGGCCCCCAGGAGCCAUACCCUCCCCUUACAAGGACAGCAGCAGCAACAAUUCCGAAAGGUGGCACCAUCAUAUCAAAGAAGUGCUGGCUUCUAGCCAGGAAGCCUUAGUCGUCACUGAACGCAAAUAUCUGAAGAGUGACUGGUGUAAGACCCAACCUCUGAGGCAGACGGUCAGUGAAGAGGGUUGCAAGAGCAAGACCAUCCUCAACCGCUUUUGUUAUGGCCAGUGCAAUUCCUUCUACAUCCCUCGGCACGUGAAGAAGGAUGAAGAGUCCUUCCAGUCUUGCGCUUUCUGUAAGCCGCAUCGGGUUACUUCUGUACUAGUAGAGCUAGAAUGCCCAGGGCUGGUCCCACCUUUCCGACACAAAAAGAUUCAGAAGGUAAAGCAAUGCCGCUGCAUGUCUGUGAACCUCAGUGACUCAGAUAAACAAUGAAUGGCCUCAGUGGCAGAAUGCUGCUCAGCUUUUGGGGCGACCCCUCACCCCACCUCCUGUCAGAUUUGCUGCUGCCUCUAUCCCUUUCCUCUGAGCAGAUUCACGCACUGGCUGAUCCCCUCCCUUUCAGCAGGCAUUUCUCUCGGGGGAAUCAGAUUUCUGUGUCACCGAGACCAGAAAUAGAAGCUUGGCUUAUGUUGUUCCCAGGUGCCCCUUGGCAAGAUUCCUGCAUCCAAGACCAGACUGUGAAGCAAGCCCUAAGGAAGAAGAUGGAAAAUAGUCAUCAACCAAAAAGAAAGAAAGAUAUUGGAAGGAUAUUUUAGAUGAUGCACUGUUUUAAAUCCAGCAUUAAUGUUUCCACUGUGUGGGGAAAAAAAGAAAGGAAAAAGAAAUAUAUCUCCUUCCCAACCCUAUACUCCAACCAUAUCCACGUGAGGUGAAGGAUGCCUCUAUGGCUCACUGUCCCUGGAUUUCCCAACUGGGAGCAUUUCACUUUGUGGAUUUCAUGCCACCACUGCUGCCUGAGGCUGUGAUGUAGACAUGCACAUGGUUCAAAUAAAAACAAAACAAAAUUAUGGGGACUCUCUUGACAAGCCUGAUUGCAAGAAGACACCAGGCGCCCUUUGAACCAAGGAUUUGGUUUCCCCAGGGGACCUUGCUCAAGUCAUAGGAUCUUAAACUUGUAGCUCUAGAGCUAGCUGGAAGGGACAUUUUAGGUCAUCUAGUCCAAUCUUUUCAUUUGACAAAUGAGGAAACUGAGAGUGAGAGGCAAAGUGAUUAGGCCAAGGUCAUACAAAUAGUGUUAGAAACAGAAUUUGAACUUGGUCUUCUGAUUCCAGAUUUUCUAUACCAUACUGCCUUCUCCCUCCUACCCUAGUACAUGGGUUGGUGUUAGCUUCCUCACCUUUUUAUUUUUUGGUUUUUCCCCACAAUUCAUGGAUUCGAGACAGAUUUUGGUUUUGCAUGCUUUGUUCCUGCAAUUAGAAUAUUAUUACACACAAAGGUCUCUACAUUAACGCUGGUUUUUAUAAUCAACCUGUAGUAAAUAACUGUUAAAAGUAUAAUCACCAUAUCCAUUUAUUGUUUCAUGUGUCAAUUUUGACUGGUAUUGGAUGACAAACACCAAGUUGCUGGGGUUGGAAUCUUCCCCCUAAAUAGAUAAGCUUCAUGGUGGUUAGAGGUGCAGAAGCUUGCCACUCAGAAAUAUUUCCCAGACAGCCAUUCAUUGCUAAGUAUCUAUGCUUGGGGAUGGGCAGGGUGGGUGAAACAUUAAUUUCACUUAAGGUACUAGAGCAUUUUGGCACAGGGUGGGGGUUGGGGGUGGGGAGAAUUAGGGCAAGAAUGAAUGGGGUUAUUUGUUAAACUGAAGAACAAAAACUCCUUUAACUUUUAAGGUGUUUAGAUACAAGAAAGAAUGUUAUUUUCAUUGCCAUGACACUAAGCGAAGACCUUUCCUGCUAAUUAGAAAGGGGAACUUAAGAGAUAAAGGAUUUGGGACAUUUUUCUAUGUAGAGAGAAAUGAACAAUGAAAUACAUGCAAUUAAAAAUAAGUUAAGCCAUUAAAUCAGGGAUUCUUAACUUUUUUUCGCAUAUGGUAGACCUCUUUGGCAGUCUAAUGAAGCCUAUGGAUCCUCAGCAUAGAUUUUUUUUAAUUGUAAUGAAAGGAAACAUAAUUCAGUUGGAUAUUAGUAAUAUAUAUAUAUAUAUAUAUAUAUAUAUAUAUAUAUAUAUAUAUAUAUACACACAUCUUCAGGAAUGCCCUGAAACCUACCCACAAGAUUCCAGAUUAGAAGUCCUUGUAUUAAAGACGACGAGAUAUUUGGGAAUUCCAGUGAGACAAAGGUUUAACUUUUCCCAAGUAGACCCUCAUUUUCACAGUGACAUAUAUGAAUUUCCAUAUUAGUCAAUCGGCUAAUAAGAGUUUAGGCAUCUGAAAUGACUCAUUUAAGUUCAACAAGUACUUAAUAAGUGCCCAUUUGCUUAUAAGUUUCCAUGGUAGGCACUAGAGUUAGGAAGACAAAAAAAUAUAAACUAUUUUAUCAAUAAUAUUUUAAAAAUAUGAAGUCCCUGGCCUCAAGGAGCUGAUAUCCUAUAGGAUCCUUUUUAGAUUGCAACAAUACGCCCUUUCUCUUUAUGGGAAAGGAUUUAUUAAAUAUCUUACAGGUGGUAAAGAGUUGCAUGUUUAUUUGACAGCAUCCUCUGAAAAAAUUUGGAGUCAUUUUCAAGAAGUGACUCCCUGAUUCCCCUCCAAUUAAGUUAUUAUGAGCUCCUUGCCAAGGAGGUUUAUAAUGGCUCAGUUCCUGUUUUGUGCGAGAAGUGCUCUGUCAGAAACUGUGAGAAUUCAUUUCUUUCCAACAUUGACCUAUUGAGUUUAGUAGCAUCUUCACAGGAUUUCAGGGUGAGGCUUGGAGAUCCUGAAAUCAUUCUGUUUCCUUUUCCAGCCUCAUUGAUUUAAUUUCUAGCCAGGAUUCAUAUUUAUGAGGAUGGGGAAUGUGCUACUGUAAAGGUAAUUGGCUUCAGCACCUGCCUUUGACAUGCUUCUCAAGUAAACUUGGUGGCUCUACAAGGAGCAGCACUAAAUUACAGUCUUGGUGAAGAAAGCUAGAGGGGUUUGAGGGGUGGAAGUGGGCAGGUUAGAGCAGCAAGGGGAGGAGGAUAGGUUCAUCCUACCACACUUCAGAACUGACAUUCUAUACUUAGUGAUGAAUUCAAAGUAAGAUUCUGAAUUAUGAAGGUCAGCAGAAAGGCGAUGCAAAGAAGGAGCUCUGAGGACCCUACAUGGCAUCUUUUAGUGACUUCCUCUUGCAAAGCCAAUCCCUGUGACCAAGUUAGCAAAAAAUGAUGCAGAUUAAGCUAUACUGAAACACAACACAAACGUGCACACUCUCCAGGGGUAUCAAUGAAAGCAAUAGGAUAUGCUGCAGUGUGAAGCCCCUUCUGGAGGUUAUUGUAUGUAAAAGCUAAGUUUACCUUAUAAUGGUUCAAACUGUAUUUAAUUGUUUGUGUUAUUUUGUUUUUGUUUUACAAAUGAAGAAAAAAAGAUAUAAGUAUAAUGUAAUUAUUUUAUAGGUGUACUAUUAAAUUAUAGAACAAAUAAAGAUACUCUAGGAUUAUAUGUAA